AAGAUAGCGAGACCUAGUCUCCCUUCUUCGCAGCCUUUGCCUCGGUUCUCUUUUGUGUUUUCCUUUUUCUUCCAUUUUCGUCCGCUGCAGAAACCCUAGAAAUUCCCGAAGCUGCGGCCCGGCAGCCUCUCGAUCUGUUGCUUUCCGAACCGCCGUGGCGUCGCUCUUGGUUGUUUUGCUUUCUGUUCUGUUUUAUCGUUCCUAGAAGCGCUUUCGGUGUUUCGAUUUGGGGUUUUGGGCGGGGUUGGGGGGUCAGGGUGGGGAAUCAAAUGUCGUCGCUGAGCAGGGAAUUGGUGUUUCUCAUACUCCAGUUCCUGGAGGAGGAGAAAUUCAAGGAGUCCGUGCACAAGCUUGAACAGGAGUCAGGGUUUUUCUUCAAUGUAAAAUACUUUGAUGAGAAAGUACAAGCUGGUGAAUGGGAAGAAGUUGAGAAGUACUUGUCUGGGUUUACUAAGGUUGAUGACAACAGAUACUCCAUGAAGAUAUUCUUUGAAAUUAGGAAGCAGAAGUAUCUAGAAGCUUUGGAUCGGCGUGACAAAGCGAAGGCUGUUGACAUACUAGUAAAUGAUCUGAAAGUGUUCUCUACAUUCAAUGAAGAGUUAUUUAAAGAAAUCACUCAGCUUUUGACACUUGACAAUUUCAGGGAAAAUGAGCAGCUAGCCAAGUAUGGUGACACCAAAACAGCUCGCAACAUAAUGUUGCUAGAACUUAAAAAACUUAUAGAGGCAAAUCCGCUUUUCCGCGAAAAGCUCGCCUUCCCAACUCUAAAGUCUUCAAGAUUGCGAACUUUGAUCAAUCAAAGUCUGAACUGGCAGCACCAACUCUGUAAGAAUCCAAGGCCAAAUCCCGACAUAAAGACAUUGUUCACAGACCAUACCUGUGCCCCUCCAAAUGGGCCACUUGCAUCUACUCCUGCCUCUCUUCCAGCUGCUGGUGUUGCAAAGCCUACUCCUUACACUUCUGUUGGAGUCCAUGGUCCCUUUCCACCGGCUGCAGCAACAGCUAAUGCUAAUGCCUUAGCAGGUUGGAUGGCAAAUGCUGCUGCUUCUUCAUCUGUUCAGGCUUCUGUUGUUACUGCAUCUUCCUUGCCUGUUCAACCAAAUCAAGUUUCAAUCUUAAAACGUCCAAUAACACCACCAGGCAAUUUGGGUAUGGUUGAUUAUCAGAGUGCUGAUCAUGAACACUUAAUGAAACGCCUAAGGCCAGCCCCAUCUGUGGAGGAGGUCAACAAUGGAAGCUAUAUUUUUGCUGAGGCGCCUAAUGGAAAGGUUACAUAUCCAACACCUCGUCAACAUACUUCUUGGUCCCUGGAUGACUUGCCAAGAACAGUAGCUUGUUCCAUGCAUCAAGGAUCACCUGUAAAAAGCAUGGAUUUUCACCCUUCUCAUCACACAUUGCUUCUCGUUGGUACUGCUAGUGGUGAAAUAACACUUUGGGAAGUUGGGAUCUGUGACAAAGUGGUUUCAAGGCCAUUCAAGAUAUGGGACAUCACAAAAUGUCCAUUGCAACUUCAGGCUUCCACUGGCAAAGAUGCAUCAGUAUCUGUUAAUCGCGUUACAUGGAGUCCAGAUGGAAAUUUUAUAGGGGCUGCUUUCUCAAAGCACUUGAUCCAUUUGUAUACUUAUAUUGGACCAAAUGAUUUACGCCAGCAUGUAGAGAUUGAAGCCCAUAAUGGUCAAGUUAAUGAUUUGGCUUUUGCUAAUCCCAACAAACAGCCAUGUGUGGUGACAUGUGGAGAUGAUAAGUUGAUAAAGGUUUGGGAUUUAACUGGCCGGAAGCUAUUUACCUUUGAAGGGCAUGAAACCUCUGUGUAUUCUAUAUGUCCUCACCAGAAAGAGAAUAUUCAGUUCAUAUUCUCAACUGCUGUUGAUGGGAAAAUUAAAGCCUGGCUGUAUGACAAUCUGGGAUCUAGAGUUGACUAUGAUGCGCCUGGACACUGGUGUACUACUAUGCUUUAUAGUGCUGAUGGAAGCAGAUUGUUCUCAUGUGGAACAAGUAAAGAUGGGGAAUCUUUUCUGGUUGAAUGGAAUGAAAGUGAAGGAGCAAUAAAGAGGACAUACACUGGGUUCAGAAAAAAAUCUGUUGGUGUUGUGCAAUUUGACACAACUCAAAAUCACUUUUUGGCCGCGGGGGAAGAUAACCAGAUAAAAUUUUGGGACAUGGACAAUACCAAUGUUCUCACCACUACAGAUGCAGAGGGUGGCCUGCCAAUUCAUCCCUGCUUGAGAUUCAACAAGGAAGGAAAUCUUCUUGCUGUUACUACAACAGAUAAUGGUAUCAAGAUACUAGCUACUGCUGUGGGUCUUAGGUCCUUAAGAGCUGUUGAAGCCUUCGAACCUGCUGCAAUUAAGGCAUCUGGACCUUCUGCCGUUGCAAAUGUUGGCCCAGCCAAUACCAAAGUUGAAACAAGUUCUCCAGUCAGGCCUUCUCCUGUUAUUAAUGGCGUUGAUGCUUUAGCUAGAAGCACAGAAAAGGCUAGAACAGUGGAUGAUGCAACUGAUAAAACAAAACCCUGGCAGUUAGCUGAAGUUACAGACCCUGCUCAAUGCCGGCUUGUUGCAACGGCAGACAGCACAGAUGCAUCCAAUAAGGUUGCUCGGCUGCUUUACACAAAUUCUGGUGUUGGAAUUUUGGUACUUGGGUCUAAUGGGACACAGAAGUUGUGGAAGUGGGUCCGCAAUGAGCAUAAUCCAAGUGGAAAGGCCACUGCCAAUGUUGUUCCGCAGCACUGGCAACCAAGCAGUGGUCUUCUUAUGACUAAUGAUGUUGCAGGUGUCAAUCUUGAUGAAGCAGUCCCCUGCAUAGCACUCUCAAAGAACGACUCUUACGUAAUGUCAGCUUGUGGUGGAAAGGUAUCGUUAUUCAACAUGAUGACAUUCAAGGUCAUGACAACAUUUAUGCCGCCUCCACCUGCUUCAACAUUCCUAGCAUUUCAUCCUCAAGAUAAUAACAUCAUAGCUAUUGGAAUGGAAGAUUCUACCAUUCAUUUAUACAAUGUUAGGGUGGAUGAGGUAAAAUCAAAGUUGAAAGGUCAUCAAAAGCGCAUAACUGGUCUAGCUUUUUCCACCAAUCUUAACAUAUUGGUUUCAUCAGGAGCUGAUGCUCGGCUUUGUGUUUGGAGCAUUGAUACAUGGGAGAGAAAGAAAACAUUUCCUAUACAAUUGCCUGCUGGCAAGGCUCCUAGUGGUGACACUAGAGUGCAGUUCCACUCCGAUCAAAUCCGCUUAUUGGUCUCCCAUGAAACACAGUUAGCAAUAUAUGAUGCCACUAAGAUGGAUCGCGUUCGUCAGUGGGUCCCACAAGAUGUCCUCCUCGCGCCUAUAUCUUAUGCAGCAUACUCCUGCAAUGGUCAACUAGUUUAUACUUCCUUUUUUGAUGGCAAUAUUGGGGUGUUUGAUGCAGAUAGCUUGAGACUAAGAUGUCGCAUUUCCCCCUCUGUAUAUUUGUCACCGGCAGUGAUAAAUGGAAGCCAAGCUGUGUACCCCCUUGUCGUUGCAGCCCAUCCACACGAGCCCAAUCAAUUCGCUAUAGGGCUGACAGAUGGUUCUGUUAGAGUUAUGGAGCCAUUGGAAACGGAGGGAAAAUGGGGGGUGGCUCCACCUAUCGAUAACGGGAUGCUAAAUGGUAGGACUGGGUCGUCGUCCACCACAAGCAAUCACACUUCAGAUCAGGUCCAGAGAUGAAGUUCCUUGUUCUUUCAACAUACAGCAUUUCUCAUUCUCCCCCGUUAGUAUCUCAACAAUGUAGAUACAUUUUAGGUCUAUCCUUCUCACCCAUUCCAUGCAAUGCUCUCAUGUAAAGUGUAAGAAUUGAAGUUAUCUUCAGAAAGUGUUUCAAGAAUUGUAUGCUCUCCCUCUCUAUUUAGAUCAAUAAAUUUAACUGUUAUGUUCUUUCUUGUCUCAA